AUGUCUACCAGUUUAAUCGAAGCUGCAAAGAGAGCUGCAGCUAUAGCUGCGGUUAAUGCCCAUGUUAAACAAAUAUUGUCAACGGAUGACUUGCAGCGACAGUGGUUGCAUUGGAUAACACAAUAUCAAAUUCUUGUAAUGUCUUCAAAGAAUAAUCAGGUUGUCGGUAUUGGAAGUGGCUCCACAAUUGUAUAUGCUGUACGUCGAUUAGCUGAGCGAAUGACUGAUGAAAACUUGCAAAUUGUCUGCAUCCCUACGUCCUUUCAGGCCCGGCAGUUAAUUAUAGAAAAUAAGCUGACUUUAAGUGAUCUGGAAAGACACCCUCAACUUGAUGUAGCUAUCGAUGGAGCUGAUGAGGUCGAUGAUUACCUAAAUUGUAUAAAGGGUGGCGGGGGAUGCCACACACUAGAAAAGAUUAUAGCAUCAUCUGCGAAGAAAUUUAUCGUGAUAGCAGAUUACCGUAAAGAUUCAAAGACCCUUGGAGAGAAAGUACUGUGGACUAAAGGCAUUCCAGUUGAGGUACUACCGUUUGCUUAUGCGACAGUUAAAGCAAAAAUUCAUAAAUUUGGUGGAACGCCCGUACUACGAAUGGCGAUUAAUAAAGCAGGACCAGUCGUAACUGAUAGUGGAAAUUUUAUCUUAGAUGUCACCUUUAAUUCUGCUAUGGACUGGUCCAAGACAAAUCAAGAUUUAACCAUGAUACCUGGAGUUGUCGAUACCGGACUAUUUGUCGGAAUGGCCGAAAAGGCCUACUUUGGUAUGGAAGAUGGUAAUGUAAAAUCUAGAGAUCGGCCAACUUAA